UAGUUUGUUGAGUAUAACUCCGUCCCAUCCUUGAGUAGAUAAACACUGAAACACCGAAUCAUGUUAUCUCUUUUGCAGAGAGAUAAAUAAGAAGCCAAGUUUAGUACGUAGAGAUUAAAAGAAAGCUCCAAGAGAUGGAAGAUCAAGAACAGCAGAAGAAUUCACGAGUUGUUAAAGUCGAUUCUGCAGAAUCAUGGAACUUUUAUGUGAGUCAAGCCAAGAAUCAGGCUUGUCCUAUCGUGGCUCAUUUCACAGCAUCAUGGUGUAUUCCUUCUGUGUUUAUGAACUCGUUCUUCGAAGAUAUUGCAUCUAGCUAUAAGGAUGCUCUGUUUCUUAUAGUUGAUGUUGAUGAAGUCAAGGAAGUGGCGAGACGGCUAGAGGUAAAGGCGAUGCCGACUUUUAUGUUCUUGAAGGAUGGUAAUACGAUGGACAAACUGGUGGGCGCAAACCCUGAUGAGAUCAAGAAAAGGGUCGAUGGUUUCGUUCAGUCCUCACACCUUGUUUAGAAUAAUAUUGAUACAUGGUAAGAGAACUCAAUCCUAAUAAAGUUUGUGUAAAAGUGUGUUUUAGUUUGUGUGAAGUGUACUUAUAGCUUGUGUAAAGUGUAUUUGUAGCUUGUGUAACUUGUAUUUUUACUCGUUUGGUUUGUGACUUUUUUAGUAUAAGGUUUGUGUAAAAA